AUGAAAAAGAGAGACUUUAUUCUGACCCUGCUGCUUGGCGCAGCAAGGGCAGACUAUCCCGUCAAGUCGGCUUCGGCUGUCGGCGGUGAUGAAGCUGGAAACACUAUUUUCAGUUUUGGCGGAAAUUUUGCUGACGAAGAAAACCUCGAUCUCCAGUUCAAAUGUCAUGGAGGACAUUUUACGCCGUGCUUGAUCGAAGAGGAAUCAUCGACCAACAUCGUCUGUCGAGCAAAGCUUGACGACGGAAGGCACACUCUCUUUUUGAAUAAUGAGGAAUGCCAACUUGAUGCCUGUUCUUUCCGAAUCAAAGCACCAGAAAUCGACCCGAUUCCUCGAAGUUUCAAUGGAGAAAGCCGACCGCGAUCUCGAGUCGAAUCCGGACGACGGAAUCCAGAUUAUCGGGAGCCACCGCAAAAGCAGAGCGAAUCGUCUUCGAAGGCUCGUGGAUCAGGCUGGAAUGAUACUCCUGGCUGGCCGGUUGUCUACGAUGUGCUGAACGGGGAUGUCUCUAUCAACGGAGGCUUCACGCUAACGAUCGAGGGAGAAAACUUUGGAUCAAAGCUGGACUCUUUCGGAGAAGAAGGCCGUGAAGGAAACAGCGAUAUCAAGGUCUUCCUUGAAUCAAGAGAAUCCGGCUCCUGGUCCCCUGUCGCCGAGUGCAUUCCCAUAGCUCACUACCACAAUCCAACUCAGAUUUUCUGCGAGGUGUUUGACCGUCUUCCUCACUACGGUCAAUACCGAACUGCUGUUUUCAUCAAUGGCAACGCGGCAAAUUGGCACUGCGGAUGUAAAAAAUGCGAUUGGAUGUGCAAAGUUGGCACCUACGAGUGGUCCGCCGAUUACAUCCGACAGAAUGUUGACAGCAUGCGAGCUGUCGGACAGCCACGAUGGACCGAGUGGUUUUCUUUCGAAGAAUUUGGAUCGGAUCUCGUUUACGAGUGGGAAAGCGAGCACAGUGGGCAAACUCCUGGUCAGGAAUUCUUCUGGGGCGACGUUUGGCGCAAAAAGAACACCACCCAGAUCUGUUUCGCUCCGCUUGCGAUGGAAGCUCGUAAUGAUGAAACUGGUGCGAUUCUUGACUCGACCUACUUUGACGAAUUCACCCGGGAGUAUGCAGUUUGUCGAGCUGACGAGGGAUCGAAUGGAUGCAGCAUGAACAGUACCAGCUUUAGGUUUUUCUGCGAUGAGGGCGCGACAAAGUUUCACUGGAACCCGGCGAACCGAGAUGAUGUUCCCUCGAUGGAUUAUGACACCGAAACACUAGAAUAUCUUGAAAGCGUUGAUUUUUUGAUCAAUAAUAACGAGGUCGUUGGCCAGUGCCACUUGGCGUACGAAGACGAGGAGAACAGUGAAGUCUACCGAUUCGACCCGAUCGAGAUUGGAAAUCACGGCUAUCACAAUAGCUUUUACUUCUCUUGCCGAGUUGAGACCGACUAUGUUGGUCACGUGACUCUUGGAGUAAAGAAUCAUGGCCGAGGCUACACUUCACUUUCGCAAGAAUCCAAAUUUUUCGACAGCGACGGAGAAGUUCGAUCAUUCACCCUCGCUCCUUCGAUUCAUUCGAUUACCCCAACUUCUGGCUAUCACGAAGGAGGAACGCGAGUGACAAUCACUGGUCGUGGUCUCGCUGGGCCAAAUGUCGGUGCUGAGAAGGCCGAAGUGACCGUCGGUGGUGUUCCAUGCGAUAUCGUCUCGGCGAGUCCUCGCACGAUUGUUUGCGAUACAAGAGCGAGUGUCGCUAUCGCAGAGGGUGCGAAGCAUAUUGGAGGUGCCGGUGCUGAUUUGGAAAUCACCACUGCAUUUGAGUGGACAAUGGAUACUGACCAGUUUCGAUAUGGAGCCGAUGGGUGGGAUCUUCGAGAAGAACAUGAGUGGUGGGAGUUUGGAGCAGAGGAAAGAACAAAAUUCUCGCGAAGACUUUACAAAGCCCACAAUUCAAAGGAUUUCUACCAGGAAUGGGACGCACCAUGGUGGGGAAAACGUUACCACGAACGAUCCGAUUGGUUCUUUGGCCAAAUGACUGGAGCUUUCUCGCCCCCGAUUACCGGUUACUACACGCUUUACAAAUUCUGCGAUGACGUCGGCUCUAUGUGGAUGAACACCGACGGUGGAAACCACCCUGACACGCAAGAGCACCUUUUUAGCAAUAUCCGUACAUUUAAUCCUCAUUCGGCUGGACCGCAUAGAGGCGAGUCUGCCUCCCCAAGAAUGUUCCUCGAGGCUGACAAAUCUUAUAUCUUCAACGAUAAUUUUGUCGAGCAUUCUGGCCGUUCUUACAACAAACUGAGCUUCAUUUUCCAUGGCCCGGAUCCUGAAAUCAACUACCAACAUGAUCCCGUACCAGCGCCAAGAGAAUAUGAUAGCUACGUCGCUCAAAACGACCAGCUUCAGGUUGUCCAGGAAGUUCAAGAAGUCGACAUUCUUUCUUCAAGUCAGGAAGAAAAUAUCAAGGUCGCCAUUGUUUCCGGUGACCCCGAUCGAGUUAAGUUUGGUCUUCGAUGGGCUAAUUCAAAUGGCCAGAGCAAGACGACUCCUCUUGGCACUUGGAAUGAACACAAGGAAAAUGACGGUGCUCUGACAAAAACUCUCAUUUCUUCUCAAUGCGAGACUCUUGGAUCGUUCGAGCCAUUCUACAUGCCAUCGAAUGAAGAUUCUUCCACUCAGUGGCGAUUUCCUUAUGGUAAAACAAACGUCGAGAGUUUCUGCGGCCAAAAGUCUUACUACGCCAAGUGGCGUGAAUUUUUCGCCAUCGGCGAGAGUGAAUGGCUUCCGGCAGCCGAACCUGUCCACAUUGAUCUUGUUCCUCAUUUCUGCUUCGCGCACAAGGGCGAGCUCGACGAAAACAGUCAUAAUACAAGAAUGUUCCUUGAAGUCGGAUACAUGGCGAACGGAUCUUCUGAAACCUUCGGGGAAAUUAUUGACAAUUUGAGCUUCCUUGAAAUGUCUUUGUCACCACAAGAAAUAAAUAUGGAGUCAAGAACAAGCUGGGUCCACAUGUGUAUUGACUUGAGAGCUUUGAUUUUGGCCAACACUGAUUUGACGAGCAACCAAAACCCCGAUUUUGUUGAACAUGUGUACUUGAGACGGCUAUAUUUCCGUAAUCGGUGGGGCUAUUUUGACGAACUCGGAUUCGGCGUGGCUUCAGAUGAUUAUGAAGUCUUCAGAAGCGAUGUUCCAAUUAGACCAAACACGCCUGUAGGAAAUAUCGACAUGAAAGUAAAUGAAAAUGCAAUGAUUGCUCGAUUGAAAGACACUCUUUGUGGAAUUGAUAUUCCAGACUUCGAAGUCAUCGGCGGAGCCAAUACAGCCGUAACUGUCGAAGAUGUUAUUGUUUUCAACAAUUUCAAUGAAGAAACAACUGGAAAACUCUACACGCUGACGAAUCAAUGGGGCGCCGAGCUUCAAAUCCAGGUCCACGAGCACCAGCCCGUCAGUCCAGGUGUUCAAGGAUUCUUUCGACUUUCGUAUCUCGGACAAACUACUCCAGAAAUCGACAUUCAAGCACCCGACAUCAAUGAUGUCCUCACUUCCGAGCUCAAAAAGCUUCACGGUGAUGUCGCGAUGGUCAACGCUGAGUCGAAUGGUAAUUGCAAUGAUGGUUACACUUUGCAGCUCUGGUGGGCCGUCCCUGGCGACUUUGCUCCAAUCGAAGUUCAAAAUAUCAACUUGACUGGUGUCGAACUUCAUGUUGAAACCGUUGACGUUCGAUCUGGCGGUAUCUGGAUCAAAGAAAUCCCCGGUGCCUUUUUGCGCACUGUUCAUGAUGAGCCCCAAGUUGUCGUGACACGAAAUGGCAUUUCCGCUGUCUGCAACACUGACGAUCAAGAAUGCUCAUUUUCGUAUCUUGAUGCGCCCGCUGAUAUUGCGUCAACAAGUGCAGCUCAAGUGAACACUCCUGCGUCAGGGGAAGCUAGCUUCGUUGUCAAUUUUGACGCGCCUGUUGGAACGAUUGCUUACAUGAAAAUCGGCGAUGUUUUUGGUGAAUAUUGCUAUGCCGAUACUCAGUGCAGAUUCGUCCAGACAAGUGAAACCUCCGUGGAGAUUUUCUUCCAGUCUCUUCCUUAUGGCUCUCAUCCAAUCACCGCGUACACCGAAUUCGGCGCACUUUUGAACAGUGGCGACUUGAGCAUUCUCGUGAAUCCGCCAGCCGCUGGUGUCAGUGUCUCUCCAUCUGUUGGUCCCGCUUAUGGUGGAAACAUGGUCACAAUUUCUGGAAAAGGCGUCGGAAUCGGCGAACAAGUUCCAUUUUUCGAUGGAGUCGAGUCUAAAAUCAUCAGUGUCUCUGCUGAUGAGAUUGUUUGCCUUUCUCCUACAAUUGAAACAACCGAUGCAGCUGUCGACAUUGCUUUUGAAAACGGCGUCGUUCUCGGCUCUUUUGCCUACUCGGGUGCAUCAUACGACCUCACUUCCGAUCGAAUCGAUUGGUCAGUCAAGGGAAAUCAAGAAAUCGCUUUCUCACUCUCGAGCGCACCAGCGGACGUCGAGUCCGGAGACAUUUUCUUCGACGGCGAGUGGAUUGCCACUCUCAACUUCGCGAACAACGGAUUCGCUUACGUUAAUGCUCCCUCUGAUGCGAAGACCGACUUUGAAGUCAAAAUCUGUUUGUUUAAAAAGGUCGACGGAGAAACCAUUUACCUCGGCUGGACAUCAACCAUUCUCAUCAGUUACAGAUUGACAAUCGACAGCAUCACUCCAACUCAUUCAUCAACUGCUGGAGGAAGAAUUCUAACGAUCAACGGACGUGGCUUCGGAACCAAUUCAGAAGAGGUUCAAGUUCAUGUUGGAGGCAUUCCUUGCGAUGUUGAAUCGACCACAUGGCAAGAAGUCACCUGUAAAACUCGUGGCCGCUACGAAACUCAUCAGGUUAUCUUGACUGGAUCUUCCUGGUUCCCACAGAAAUUGACUGUCCGGGCAAAUGACCGAAUCACUUGGAGCUGGAUUUCAAACGAAGAGUUCACUGUUCAGAUCGGAACGACGGACUCUUUGAAUAAUGAAGAAAAACUCUCAGACGACAUUGUUUCAAACAUCGUCUCUGGCGAAGCAGGAACCGUCGAGACAAUUGUCACUGCUGCACCUGGCACUUACUUCUACACUUCUGGAUACAUGGAUGGAUAUUCGAUCUUCGCAAAUGGCCAGAUCGAAGUUCUUCCUCCUUUGAAUUACGAAGAGGAAGUUGUUCUCUCCCUUGCUGGAUACAAAGCAAAUACCAACCCUCUGAUGGUUCGAGGAUGGCGAAAGUGGACCGGAUCUACCGACUGUGCGACUGAUGGAGGUUCCGUCUCUAUUGCAAGUUCAGAGACUGUCGCUGCUAAUUGCACCGCUUGUACGACUCAUACUUACUCUUACGAUCUUACUCCCAAAGCAUCCUCAGUCGAAUUCGACGGGCAAACUCUGACUAUCACUUCUGAUGACUUUGCUGAUCAAACUGAUUGCCCCGGUGCUUUCAACGUCGUUGGCAGAUCCGCUUACGGUGAAAUUAAAUUCACCGUCGAGAGCGUUUCCGCCACUCAAGUUGUUGCAUCGAUGCCCGCUCCAAAAGCAAACUGGCCAUUCGGAGAAGAUCUUCAAAUUGAAGUUUCUGAGUUUGGCCGAGGAAACGUUCUCAUCAAUUCUGAUCAAGUCGAGAAGUUUACUGUGAGUCCCUCGAUUGACUCUGUCUCGCCUCGAAUCGGUUCGAAUGAAGGAGGAGCUCUCGUUACAAUUACUGGUGAUGGAUUGAAAUUCGAUCGUUACACUUACACCAAAGUUUCUUGCUGCAGCGAAAUUCUUACUCACACAAAGACGCAGAUUGUUUGCGUUUCUGCUCCUGGAAAACCCGGAAGCUCUGCUGGAAUCGGCGUCACGUGGCACGAGAAAGAGCCAGAAAAUGAAAAUGUUUUCAUCACUCUUGCUGGUUCUCUUGGAGGGUCCUACACCUUGAAGACAGAUUUCUCUUUUGAUUUCACACAGCUUGCCGUCGAAGAUGACGUCAAUGAGUUUGCGCAUCAAACAAACACUUUCUCCCUUGAUGUCAGCUAUCAGUUCCCCACAUCUCCUGAUAAUCUUCGAGCAUUUAUGAAGGGUGUCUCUGACGGAUCUCAAAUUGAGCUGACAAACACUUAUCUUGAGCUUUGCGAAGGAAAAGCUUGCUUCCGAUCCCAAUGGACAGCAACUGGAUACACAUCGCAGAAAUACGAUGUCUGGCUCGAGUCUGAUAAUUACGGAAAGAUCACUUACGGCCGGGAGUACCCAUCAAUCUUCAUCACUUCCAUGCAAUACAACGAAGGGUCGCAUUUCGGCGGUCACAAGAUCCGAAUGACAACAACGACGAUUUAUGGUGAUUUCCCUGAACACCACAAUCUUCGAAUCAGUCGUUGGGGAAGAAAUCUCUGUGAACGAGAAGAUGAGCGGCUUGAAGGCUAUUGUACGAUUGAAAAGAUUUCUGAUAACCAAAUAGAAAUUGUCACUGCACCAAUGAUCGGUGAGAUUUCUGGAACUGGAGAAAGAGCUGAUGUCCGAAUCAACUUUGAAUACGACAACGGUGAUGGAGAUGAAGAAGAAAUGGUCUACUGGUGGGACUCCGUUAGCAACAGAUACCAUCAUGAUUGGACACUGACUCCAGGUGUUUCCGCUGUCUCUAGCAAUCGAUUCUCUAUUGGAGAUGUUCUGUCUAUCACUCUCAACGGAACUGAAGACGGAACCUGUACUGGCGCUGAGGUCUACAUCGGAAAUGCUCCCUGUGCUAUUUCCUCUUGCAGCGCUGUUGGAGGCACUAUUGACUGCAUUGUCGGACCACAGGGUGACGGUGACUACUCACUUACUGUCUUUUUCCCCGAAGUCGGAUACGCAACGAUCAACGACGGAGUCGACAAAGUCUUCACAAUGAACUUUGACGUAACUUCAAUUUCACCCUCAUCUGGUUCUUAUGGAGGCGGUGUUCUUGUCACUCUUAUCGGAUCCGGUCUCGGAGCCGAAACUUUCGAUGGCCGCCUUUGUGAGGAGCCACUGUAUGAUUGCGAGUUCCCCGACUUUGAGACUGCCAUCUGCCGAACUCCAAAUAUCGGUGUUCGAGAGCACGACUCAUUUGUCUGCACUUAUCAAUUCUACAACGCUGAUGGAUCGCCGCACAGUUCGUCUCGAAUCGCCAGCUUCGGAUUCACCUACCAACUUUCUGACACUGCUAUUAUCAGCGAUAUCUCUCCAGCUCUUGGCGGAAGCAUGGGAGGAACGAGAAUCACAAUUUCUGGCUCAGGUUUCGUUCCCCUUGGGCAAACUGUGACGAUCGGCCAAAGCACUUGCGACAUUAUCAGUGAGAGCUCAACAGUAAUUGUCUGCGAAACAAACUCCCAUCCAACAUCCACAAAGGAAGCUGUCAUCGUUGAACUGACCUCAUCUGGCUUUGCUGCAAGAGAUCCAAAUGCUCCCGCUUCAUUCACCGGUGAUUUCUGGUAUAUUGACAGAUGGAGUUCAAUUUUCACCUGGGGCUGCACCGAGUCGCCAUGCGAAAACAAGCCUGUCGAUUACGACAUCGCUGUUAUUCCAGCUGGAGUUACUGUUCUUCUUGAUGAAUCUACUCCUCUUCUUUCAGUUCUCUUGAUCCAAGGAGGAACUCUUCUUUGGAACCGAUCAAGUGGCAUCAAACUUCGAGCUCAAUACGUUUUGAUCACUGACGAGGGUCGAUUUGAACUUGGAACCGAGGAGGAUCCAUUCUGCCUCGACGCUGCAGGAAACAGAAUGACUGCUGAUAUUGAGCUCUUUGGUCACUCAAGAAGCGUCAAACUUCCAAUCUAUGGCGCUAAAGUUUUCGCUGUUCGAUCUGGUACUCUCGAUUUGCAUGGCUGCCCGAUCGGCAAAUCCUAUUCCGUUCUUUCACAAACUGCCAAUGCUGGUGAUUCCGAGCUCGUUCUCAAGGAUGUCGUGGAGACCGCCGACGGUGCUGCUUCGAACUGGCAAGCUGGUGAUGAAGUCGCUAUUGCUACUACUGGUGGACGGCUUUCAAUGAAACAGACUGAGCGAAAGGUUAUUCAAUCUGUUUCGGGCAAUGUGGUGACGCUUACUGAACCACUUGAGCACCGGCAUAUUUACCAUCUGUCUACAUGGGAUGGCGACGAGCUCGAAGUCACUGCUGAAGUCGCUCUUCUUACAAGAAAUGUUCGACUCUACGGCAACCGAAAUAUGGACUGGUAUGAAGAGCUUCCAGAAUGUACCGAGACGCAAGAAGCGGCUGAAAGCGCAGUUCAGACCUGUUUCCAGAAUAAAUGGGGUGAUGAAGUCGGUUCCGAUGAAUUUGGCUCACAUUUGAUCAUGCAUUACAUCGUUCGAGGAAGAAUCAGAAACAUUGAAGUCUUCCACGCCGGUCAAGGCGCCCAACUCGGGCGAUACGCUCUUCAUUUCCACAAUUCAGGAAAUCAGCCAGACAGUUACAUCUCAUCAAACUCGAUUCACGAUACUUUCAACCGAGCUAUCACGAUGCACGGAGUUUGGAAUGCGACCAUCGAAUGGAAUGUCGCUUUCCGAUGCAAGGGGCAUAAUUUCUUUAUUGAAGACGCUGUUGAAGAAGAUCUUCUCAUUCAGUACAAUCUUGCCAUGAUGGUCAAACCUGCUCAAUCACUUCUAAACACAGAUCAGAAAGCAACUGGUUUCUGGAUCACAAAUACGUUCAAUACAAUUCAACACAAUCGUGUCGCUGGUUCUGCUCAAAUGGGAUACUGGGUCAAUGCACCAUCAGUUUCUGGACAUGCUAAUGCAGAUUGCCCACCAAUUGUCCGCUCGCACUGCCCCAACUUCACUUCCGUCAAGAAAUGGUACAACAACACAGGCCAUGACAUCGGUCUCUACGGCUUCUGGGUUUUCACAACUGAAGAGAACGUCGCCUACGCACCAUCAACUAUGGAUUGCCAGGAGACUUGGCCACCAGGAGAGGCGAUUUUCGAAAAGGGAACAUUUUGGAACUGCAAGCGAGGAAUGGAACUCGCUCUUGUUGGAGACAAUGUUAAAGUCAAGGAUUUCACCGUGGCGAAUAAUCAACUCGGAGGUCUUUCUGUUUUAGAGACACAAUCAUUGAGAGAUGGAGGCAUGUUUGAUGAAUACUUUACUGGAAUCGUUGACAGUAAAACAAUCGGAUACAUUGAUGCAACUGUGCCAGAGCUUUCUCUUUGCACAAGAUUUGGUGUUGAAACUCCAUGGAAGCCGGAUGGUCAGAUGACAGUCGAUGGCAUCAAAUUCUUCAACUAUGACGUGUCUUACGAGGAUGACGAAAAUGUCGAGCCUGGCUGGUGUAGUGCAAUCGACGCCUGUUACAGUUCUUAUCCAUUUGAUUGUGGUCGAACUUCGCAAUGGUCAAAUGUCCAAUGGUUUAAUUCGCCGAGAAAAUUCGCUGCCGAUUGGGAGCACGAAACGAUUCUGGUUGACAUGGAUGGUUCUUUGACUGGAAUGGGUGCUCCUGGCUAUUCCGUUGUUCCUCAAUCUGACCUGUUCCCGCCAUCUAUGUGCUUUGAUGCUCCAGAAUUUUCAGUUGAAUUCCCUGCAAUGAUCUGCAACUCUAUUGAAUACAACCGAUACGCGGUCAACAAAGUUCUUCCAGACUCUCUCCGAGGAUUCUCGAUGAUCAUCGAAAACAGAUGGGGACAAUCAUUUGUGCCUUUCCGAAAAUCUCGCUCGACUUCUGGUUUCGGCUACAUGGGACUGUUGCUCUCUGGUGAACACCACGAUAUUUCUUGGGUUGAUCAUGAGCAUAUAACAAACAUCACCUACAAUGGUCAACUUUACGAUAUUGGAAAGGACAAGAUGGUCACCAUUCGCCACCCAUUCUACCAAUCAACUGAUUACGCUGAAAUCACUGGUGGAAAACGAGGAGUUCACGCUAAUGCUUCCGAUUUGGGAGACAUUUAUGAAGACUUCGUCGGUGUUCCAAAGGAGGACGGAAUCUUUGAUCGAACUGGAAGCCCAUUAGACUAUUACAUUAGCCCAAUUGACAAUUCAUUAACUUUCGGUGCUAUGCGAGGCGACUACUCCAACAAGUUUUAUGAUCUGAAUUUCCAGAUCUCAGUUUACAAGUGUUUCUGGCCUGGAUGCGUUCCUCCCACAGAGCCUCCACCAACAACGCCUCCAACAAUUUCUGAUUAUUGCAAUUGGAGCGAUCUCGCUUGUUGGGACGACGGUGUUGUUCCUUCGGAUGGCGCCAAUGUCACCAUUGCCAACGAUAAGGACGUUACACUUGAUAUUGAUAUCACUGUUGAUAUCCUUUUCAUUGAAGGGACUCUUCGAGUGUCAAAUGAAACAGAUGUUACAAUCAACGCUCGAGUAAUUUUGAUCAAUACCGGCAUGGGAAGCUCGUCAGCAACUCGAAAUCUCAUCGCAGUUGAAAACGGAAACUUCUUCGUCGGAUCCGAAGAGAGCCCAAUUUGCGACACUUCAGUGACUAUCAAUCUUCUCGGAAAUGAGUUUGGUGCUGAAUUCGGCGCUCCCAACGGCGCAGUGCCAAUUGGAAGCAAAGCAAUUGGAAAUCUCGGAGGACUUCAGUUGUUUGGAUGCCCACGAGCUCUCCGCAGCUCUCAGCUUGCAGCAGAUCUUGUCGCUGGAGAUAAUCAAUUGACUCUUGUUGAUGAUGCAAGCUCACUCCAACUCGGCGAUGAGCUUGGAAUCGCUCCAACAUCGUUUGAUAUGAGAGAAGCUGAGUAUGUCGUUGUUACCGGAAUCAGUGGUUCCGUCGUCACAUUUGACCCACCAGCUCAAUUUGACCACCUUGGAAAUACUGAGUUUGCUGCGGAAGUCGUUGUUCUGACACGAAACGUCAAAAUUUCCGGGGCUUCUGAGUCAAGUGACUUCUUUGGUGGCCGCGUUGUCUCUAUGGAUGUUACGGAGUCCUCUACUUUCAGAUCCGGCUGGGCACAAGUCAGCGACGUCGAGUUUGUUAACAUGGGUCAAUUUGGACACACUAAACCUGAUGAUCUUCGGGUUCCACUUGCCUUCUACUACAUCGGUCUCCAGGACUCGAGUGAUAGUCGACGAUCUUUUGUCACCAACUCGGCUUUCCAUCAUUCAUACAAUGGUGGCAUCGUCACUGGUGCUGGCUGCGACGGAGUUCAAGUUGAAGGAAACGUUUUCUUUGACAUUGUCGCCGACGCAAUUGAAGAUCUCGGAGAAAACACUCAAAUUAUUGACAACACUGUUGUAUUCUGCCAAUAUCGAGUUCUUUAUCAAAACAAUUUCGAGAUCGCAAUUCCUCAAAAUGGAGAUACAGAGCAGAGCAAUUUGCCAGCUGGUAUCAGCACUAUCGGAACGAAGACAGCUGUUGUUUUGAAUAACCGGGUUUCCGGUGUUGAGGGUUACUGCUACAAAUCUCAUGGAAAGGCUUGUUCUUCUAACGAUGUUUGCGCAGACAGUGUCUCUGUUGAGUCGCCACCAACAAUUGAAAACACCGGACACACUUGCAUGUUUGGCGCUGCCAUAAUCAAGGUUCAAGGACGCCCAUGCAUGGAAUACUCAAACUUCAAUUUCUGGAAGAUAAUGGACUACGCUUUCUACACCCAGGCUAUAGGAUCAGACGUUCUCAUCAAAAACAACAUUGUGACUGACUCUGUUGUCGGAAUUCAAAAUGUCAUGAUCGGAAACGGAGACCCACUUGAUCACGUUCACGGAAACCAGAAAGUCUCGAUUGAUGGAAACAUCUUCACUGCUUUCUCCGAUUCUUUCGCUUGCUCUGAUUUCGGUAAACGUAACAAUGCUCUUGUCGUUACUUCCGGAAUGACUUCCAUGUCUCGCUCGCGAUUCAAUCCAAGAAGCGGAACAACAGCCAUCAAAACGCCAUAUUUCCAGAACAAGGUCAACAAGUGGCCGAAGAAACCACUCGAUCAACAGACUGGAUACACAACGCUUGCCGGCCGCUCCUGCGUCAACUCAAAUACCUUCAUCAAUUACAGGAACCAAGUUUGCGGAAAUGCGCGAAGCCAUAUUAUUUUCAGUACUACUCGAGCUUUGACUGAUCAUGCGCCCAUGGUUGAAGUGAGAGACACAACAAAAGUCACGUCAACAAAGGCAAACCUUGUCUAUUUCCAUCGCCCUUCAGUUGGCAAGGUCAGCCUUGAUGAGUGUGUAGAUAUGCCAUGUGACGGUGCUCGACGAAGAUUUAUCAAGGACAUCGAUGGAAGCCUGACAAAUGAUGCACCAACUGGUCAGGAAGUCGCGAUCAUCUCGCAGUCUGAAUAUCACUGGGAAGGAGUAACAGGCUUCCCCUGGUCGGACAAUGUUGAUCAAAGAUUCGGCCUGGGUGAUUAUCGAAUUCCGACUUCUAUGCUCACAGAUAUUGACGGAAAUGUGGAAGAUCCUUACGUUUACGCUCCGUCCCGAGGUGCUCCUCGACCGGAUUCUUGUGAAUACGAGACUUCUUACAAUGCAUACGUCUGUACUGGCGCUACUCGUGGAUUCCUUAACUUCGAGUCCAUGGAUUUCGACACUGAAGUGAGACGAAUUGCUCCUAUUGGAAUUCGCUCUGACUCUGGUUUCCUCGACUUAGGAAACGGUCCAGCGGAUCAUUCUUGCUGCGCUGGUUAUGCCUGUUCUCUUCGAGCCACGAUGAACUAUUUCUUGGUCAACUGCGGCGAAACAUACGAUUUCCAUACAACCGGAACAAUGCCGACAAAGGUGCGAUUCUCUCUUCAGCAACUUCCAGCUACUUGCAAGAUCGGAAUCAAGAUGCACACUAUGCGUCAAAAUCGUCAGGAUGUCUUUUUGAAUGGUGACAACAUCAUCUACUCAAAUCAAUACGACUUCGCUAAUGACACUUGGCGAUUCCCACAUCCCUCGAUGAUCCCAACCCUUGAUGAGCCUUCUGGAUCUAACUACUUCGAUCGAGCUGAGCAAAUGCUCUACUUUACUCUUGGAGGCGGCGAUCAGCUCGAAGUUCGAAUCGCUAACUCGAUCAUUCUCACUCUUGAUAUCACCACGGAACUGACUAUUGAAGAGUUUUACGCUAGCUCUGACCUUCCUUACCUUCUUGCUGCCAUGCUCGGUCUUGAUCCAAGCCAAGUCAAGAUCGUCGAAGUUGUCAGAGAAACUAAUCCUGCCCGAACCUGGACUCAUGAAAGCACAACUGUUACUGGCCAGCUUCCAGAAAAUAAUGAGGUCACUCGAGUGAAAAUUGAGUUCUCCAAUGAAUUUGGAUCAGAUGAAGAAGACUCGGUUUCGAAUGGAGGUUUCUCAAGAGCCGUCUUUACAACAAGUUCAGCAAUUAAUAACAAGAACGUCGGAAACAGACUCGUUGCUGCUCAGAUGGAGGGUCGACUUGAGGCUGACAUUUCCCAAGCAUCUGGUUCUGAAUUGAACAUUGUCGCUACUACUCUUACUGCGCAAGCUUUGAGUGGUGAGACACCAGCUUGGUAUGAAAAGGGCACCGAAGGAGACUCACAAACUGUUCUUGCUCAGCUUGGAAUCGAUCCAGAUCUCACGGAAGGAACGGCCCUUCAAGACUUGAUUGUCGAGACUGCUGAGCUCAACAACAAAACUGAAAUCAUCAACUCUACCAACAUCGAAGAACAGGCCAUUCUCCAGGAAACAAUGGAUCGAACGACAAAAGCCGUCAGCUACGAUCAAGUUCCAACAACGAUGGUCGUCGUCCAACAGAUUCCCCAAAAAGUCUUUGUCGGAAGCAGAAUGCGAUAUCCAAUCAGAGUUGCCAUGCUUGACGCUAAUCAUGAGUCAAUGACUGAAGUUGGUUACAUGGGCGAUCCGAUGAGAAUCACAAUCUCUUCUUCUCCUGAUACCUUAUUGAAGAAUACGGAGACGUAUUUCGUUCCUGGAAAUGGAAUCGCCAAUUUCGACUACCUCGAAUUCGCGGAAGCCGGUCGAUUCAGUUUCAGCAUCGCACUCACAUACACUGGCGAAGCUGAUAUCGCUGUCGCCGAUGUUCAAACGAUCUCUUUCGAUGUGACCGCUGAUGUUCCUUCAGAUCUCGCUUUUGAUAUGCCGCCACCAGAAACUGUUGUUCAACGACGACCAUUCAGCGCGAUGGUGAUCAUGUACGACAGCGCUGGCAAUCUGAUGACUGGAGAUAUUCUUACACCAACUGAUCCUUGGAGAGUUUGCGCCGCCCCAGUCAAUGGAACUGCCACGCAAGAGCUUCUUGGUGAAAUUGAAGUUCCGUUCGUAAACGGCGUCGCCAAAUUUGACAAUCUUCAAUUCAAGGAAAUCCAGAAAAACGCCGCAGUCAGAUUCUAUGUUUGCUAUGCGGCCGGCGAAGAUGUCGAAGCACUCGGAAUCAGUCAGAUUAUUUCCGAGUCGAUUUCUGUCACGAAUAUUGAUGAGUGCUUGAGCGCUCUUCAUAAUUGUGACCCGAACGCUUCCUGUACCGAUACAGAAGGAAGUUACACUUGCGAGUGUAAUGAUGGCUUCACUGGUAACGGCUUCGUCUGCAUUGAAUUCGUUGAUGAAUGUACAGACGAAACUCAUGAGUGCUCCGAAUAUGCAACUUGCGUCGAUGCUCCCGUCGGAUACACAUGCGCCUGUAACACCGGCUUCUCUGGAGACGGCUACACUUGCGAGGAUGAUGACGAGUGCAUGGACGAAACGGACUGGUGUGACGAUGCUAUUUCAAUCUGCGUGAACGAGCUUGGAACAUUCUCUUGUCAGUGCAAUUCUGGCUACGAGAGCAUUAAUUCGAAGCAAUGCCGAGAUAUCGACGAGUGUGUCAACAAUCCUUGCGAUGGAGAAAACCAAGAAUGCACUAACACGCCGGGUUCUUAUGAAUGCGCUUGCGGCGAAGGCUUCAAACUCAACUGGAGAGACGAGUGCGUCGACAUCAACGAAUGCAACACUGGCGAUCAUGUCUGCGGCGAAAACACUCAAUGCGAGAAUCAGCUCGGAACCUACACUUGUGUUGGUACUGGUGGCGGCGGAGCAUGUACAAAAACUUGCGAUCCAGGCUUCGAAUGUGGAUUUGACGCGACGGGAGGUGAAAUUUGUGUUGAUGUCGACGAAUGCGCCGAUGCUGAGCUCAACAAUUGCCAGAGCUUUGAGACUUGUGUCAAUACGAACGGAAAAUUCCGAUGCGAUUUCGACAGAGACACUCAUUGCCCAGCUGAGCAACCGUGGAAGCCUGAGUGGAAAGGACGCAAAAACAUGCGGUACAUCUAUCUUUCCGACGAAGACGCGAUGCUGGCGAUGAAGUUCCGCGCAAAGAACAGACUCGUCAACCCUCGAACAGAUCUCUACUACGGUUUCGUCGUUUUCACCAAGGAUGUUUGUGGUGUUGACUUCUUGAGAGCGAUCAACGACGGUCGAGUCCAGAUCGGUUUCGUCGAUUCAGAGCCAGUUUACGAGCACAAGAUCACUUAUUUCAGAAAUGAUAAGAAAUUCACCAACGCCGGUUUCAGCUUCCGAUUAACCCAAACUGUGGACAAGGACACUCCUUGGACGCGAAAACAGGGCCAAAUCGUCAAGAAUAUGGGCUCAGACGACGUCCAAAUCAUCUUCAUGGGACUUGACAAGAUCAACUGGCUCACCAACGCCGAGAACUGUCUUCUGACGGCGGCGAAUGCAAUUCUUCCAGAUGGAGACUACCCAGAUGUGAUGACUCCUUGCGUCUUGUGGGAGAAGAUCUUCUGGAACACUCCGACAAUUACAAAUUAA